GCAGAAGGGGAUUGGGAUAAUGCGAGGGGCGGUGCUUGUGGAAGAAAAUGGCGGCCGUUAGAGGGUUGUGCCUAACCGCUGCGGCCCUGAGAGCAGUCACUCCCUGGCAAGGGGGCAGCAGGCUCCUCGCGGCCUCCCGCGGACCUCGGGCGCUUCGGGAACUGUCGUCCUCCAGCCCCGAAGCUGGCGAAGGGCAGAUCCACCUCACUGACAGCUGCGUCCAAAGGCUUCUGGAAAUCACCGAAAGGUCAGAAUUCCUCAGGCUGGAGGUGGAGGGAGGUGGAUGCUCCGGAUUCCAGUACAAAUUUUCACUGGAUACAGUUAUCAACCCCGACGACAGGGUAUUUGAACAGGGUGGGGCAAGAGUGGUGGUUGACUCUGAUAGCUUGGCCUUCGUGAAAGGGGCCCAUGUGGACUUCAGCCAAGAACUGAUCCGAAGCUCAUUUCAAGUGUUGAACAAUCCUCAAGCACAGCAAGGCUGCUCCUGUGGGUCUUCCUUUUCUGUCAAACUUUGAUGUGAUGACAGGUGACCCAGAGAUUACUAUCAUCUGUACGGAUUUGAGAAACCUGGGAUUAGAAGAAUUCUAGAGGUUUCCUUCCAAUCAUGUCCUUCUCACAAUUUGAUUUCCCUCAAUCCAGGAAUGCUGUGUUUCACCACUAUUUAUUUUCAGAAUGUGAAGCUUUUACUCUUGAGUUAAUUUCUCCCACACAGUUGUAAGGCCAAGCCUGUAGAUGUAUUACCUAAGAUUUAGUAACUUGUUGAAACCAGUAUCAUCUGUAGAGCCUUCCAACGUUCCAGAAUUUGGAAUUCUCUGGCCUUCAGAGCUACUUGUACAUAUGUGUUAUAGCUAUGUAUAAAAGCUUCAUUUUAAAGAAA